AUGUUUCAAGAGAUUCUGAAUAGGGUAUAUGACGUUGUUGGAUGUGAUCGUAUGUAUGUGGAACUGAAAUUGUUUAUGAGAUAUCCGAUGCCGGGAAAAUAUGUGCCAAUUGCACUAGAGGAUGACGAGUCACUGAGUGCUAUGUGGCUUUCAGUGACACAAACGUCAGCCAUGGCAAUGGAGGUGUACAUUGAACAAGUUCCCAAAGAGAUAAAUGUGCAAAGUAAUGUGGGUUAUGUACCUUCAAUGGACUUUAGGGAUAGCAUGGAGCAUGUUGUCAGACCCACAUUAUGUAAAUCAGCACAUGAAUGGUUUAUUUCUCCUGCUUCGUCUCCCCACAUACCAUCCACAUUCCAUCUUGACACUCUACAUCAAAAUGAUGUUGAUUUUUUGGGAAACGAGGAGGAGCAUGUGGAUUCUGAUAGGGAUGAGGAUGAUGAUGCAAGAGAAUUAGCUGACAAGGCAAUAAAGGCUGGUGUUCCUUCACAAGAUUGGCUUAGAGUUGACGAAGUUGAUCAAAGGUUAAUAGAUUCAUGGAUGACUUGGAAUGUCACUGGUUCAUUAACUGUGGCUUCUGAAUUUGAGAUAGGACAAGAGUUCGCCUCAUUGCAGCAAUUAAAGAAUUUUGUGAAAGCAUGGUCGAUCUCUAGAAACCAGAUGUUUCGGGUGUUAGAGUCAGAGCCCACAAAGUAUGUCAUUGAAUGUGCUAGAAAGGAACAAAACAAAAGGCAAUCAGACAAUAUUUUUGGUGAUUGGGAGAAGUCGUAUCAAGAGUUACCGAGGUACUUGCAAGCCUUGAAAGAGUCCAAUCGAGGCACUGUCGUUUACUGGAGUACGAUCCCAACACAAGAUCCUACUACGCACAUCUUUAGGAGGGUCUUCUGGGCCUUUAAACCCUCCAUUUCCGGAUUCCGUCAUUGUCGGCCUCUUAUCACUAUAGAUGGUACUCACUUGUACGGGAAAUACAAAGGCAAAUUAUUGAUUGCUAUGGGAACAGAUGCUAAUUUCCAGCUAUUCCCACUUGCCUUUGCUGUUGUGGAGGAAGAAAGCACGGAGGACUGGUCUUGGUUUUUAGCUUGCAUUAGACGUUCCGUCACAGAUAGAAAGGAUCUGUGUGUCAUCUCUGAUCGUCAUAGGGGAUCCUUGCAGCUAUGA